UAACUGUAAAUACAAACAGAAAUGCAGACAUUUGGUAUAACACACAGGUGAACAGCGUACUUUCAUUGUAUUUUAUCCACAUUUAGGUCAGUAUAAACUAACAUGCCGAUACCCGAAGCGCUUGCUACUUUGGGUGACAACCAGUUUUUUGGGGCAGGAUUUGGUUUAUUUAUGAUUGGUGCAGCGGCUUCAGUGAUUCGAAAAGGUUCAGCAGUUGCAGUGCAACUUCUACGUCGAAGAUUAAUGACGACUUUAGAAAUACCUGUGUCGGACCAUAGUUAUCAUUGGGUGCUGGAAUGGAUUGCUCAAAGACCGGAUAUGAGCUGUCAUUUCAGCGUCAAAACAGCUUUUCAAAAGCUUCAUAGCGGGAAGAUUUCAACUGGGUUUGCGUUUGUGCCAAGCCCUGGAGCGCAUUAUAUGUGGCUCGGCAAACUUCCCGUUAAAAUUGAAAGGAUAAGGGAAAAGCAGAUGGUAUCAGCAAACCAACAUAUACCAUAUGAGACUGUAACCCUUACCACCCUCGGUCGUAACAAAGAAGUAUUUGAGCAACUUCUUCUUGAAGCUCGUAGUUUUGCUCUGCAGAUGCAGAAAAACAUGACACUUAUAUUCAAACCAAUGGGAACGGAAUGGAGACAGUUUGGAGAGCCGCAAAGAAGCAGACCUCUUCAGUCUGUUAUGCUGGCCAGGGGACAAAGUGAGAGAAUAUGGGAAGAUGUUAACCAGUUCCUGCAGUCACAGCAGUGGUACAUUGAUCGUGGCAUACCUCACAGAAGAGGAUACCUUUUGCAUGGUCCUCCUGGAUGCGGGAAGACCAGUUUCAUUACAGCCUUGGCUGGUGAGCUUGAGUGCAGCAUCUGUGUCUUGAACAUUGGAGACUGGACCCUCUCUGAUGAUCGUCUUCUACAUUUCAUGGUCAGUGCUCCUCCACAAAGCAUCAUCCUCCUGGAAGAUGUUGAUGCAGCUUUCCUAGAUCGGAGCACAGAGCCACAGGACCCAAGGAGGCAAGGAAUGAACAUGGUGUCUCUGAGCGGGAUUCUCAAUGCCCUGGAUGGGGUUGUCUCCUCAGAAGGCAGGAUUGUGUUCAUGACCACUAAUUAUAUUGAAAGGCUUGAUGCAGCUUUGUUAAGACCUGGAAGGGUGGAUGUGAAGGAACACGUUACCUACGCUGAUACAGAACAGAUGUGUAGAGCUUUCAUGCACUUCUUUCCAUUAGAGAAUCUAAAAUACUCAGACAAUUUUUCAAAAAAUGUCCUAAAAUUAAAAGAAAAUGUUUCAAUGGCGCAGGUUCAAGCCUUUUUUAUGCUGCACCGGACAGACCCAAAAUACGCUUCAGAAAAUGUUUCUGAAAUGAGCAAAUGUUAGGCAAAAUAUGUGCUUUCUAAAAUAUUGUCUUAAAUUUAAAAUGCCACCAUUUAUGUUCCCAAUUGUUUACAG